AGGGGAGGCGGGAACCUUCAAUUCUUCAAAGGUAGGUACUACACAAUAUUCAUACAUAACGAGUGAGUAUAUGACAUCUGGUAUCUGCAACUGACUCUCGAAUCAUGGCGAACAUACGCGUGUGCGCAAGGUUACGACCUGCAAAUUCAAAAGAAGACGGUGAAGCUCUGUGUUUUACACGCUCCGAUUCUCAAUGUUUUACUCUCCAGGAUGAGAAGGAUGAACAGUAUAUGUUUAGCUUCGAUAAAGUGUUCUACGAAGAUUCCGAACAAGCAGAUGUAUACGAAUUUUUAGCUCGUCCUAUUGUUACAGAUGCUGUUAAAGCAAUUAAUGGCACAAUCAUCACAUACGGACAGACAGGAGCAGGGAAGACUUAUACCAUGGAGGGCGCCGGCAUUCUGGAAACUGACAACCACAAGAAAGGAUUACUACCUAGAGUGGUAGAUGAACUCUUUGAAGCUAUAAACUUCUGUGGUGAAACACCUGCUUAUAAAAUCAAACUCUCAAUGGUAGAGAUUUAUAUGGAGAGAGUAAGAGACCUUUUGGAUUUAUCAAAGGACAAUAUACAAAUCAAAGAGCAUAAAGGACAUGGAAUAUUGUUGUGUGGAGUAACAGAAAUCUUGAUAUCGGAUGGUGAGGAAGCACUAAAAUUCCUAUCUAAUGGGAUUGCAAACAGAGCAGUUGGAGAGACACAAAUGAACAUGGCAAGCAGUAGAAGUCAUUGCAUCUACAUAUUUACCGUUCAAAAAGAAGUGGCAAAUGAGAAAAGGGUGAGCAUAGGAAAGCUUGUUCUCGUAGAUUUGGCAGGAUCUGAAAAGGUUGAGAAGACGGGUGCAGAGGGGAGAGUUCUUGAAGAAGCAAAAACCAUUAACAAAUCACUUUCUGCACUUGGGAAUGUGAUUAAUGCUUUGACCUCCGGUCAACAGGGCAAAGCAAAUCACAUCCCCUUUCGUGAUUCAAAACUUACUAGGAUCCUACAGGACGCUCUUGGAGGAAGCUCUCAGACUGCAUUACUUUGCUGUUGCUCACCAUGCCUAUGUAACUUUUCAGAGUCUCUAUCCACUCUUCGGUUUGGAGCAAGAGCCAAGCAUAUAAAGGCAUUACCACGCACCGGUUGCAAGGAAGAAAUCUAUGACCCAAAACAGGAGGCAUUGUUAUCUGUAAAUGACGUGAAGCUGAAAGUAGUUGACCUACGUGAGAGAAUCCUUAAAAAGUUAAGAGAUAAGUUGGAUGCUGAGACAGUUAAAUUGAUCAUCGAGGAGUUUAUGGUGGAAGGGGUUUUGUGCGAGGCCGAGGAAGUGAAUUCAAGGCAUGAAGAAGGUGGCAUUGUAAUUACUUCAGAAACAAUAUCCUCAUGGAAAGCAGCAACAGAAAAGCUUGUUAAGACAAUUGCUGAGUUAAGGAGAGAGAACCAUAUGUUGAAGGAAGUAAAUGAACUGAUGGAAGUGGAGUAUGUGGAAAUGAUGCAUGUGAUCAAGAGACUCCAGACCAGAUUAAGAAAACCAGAUCAUUAUUCGGUCUUGGUGUUCGGCUUUAGUUUUCUAGCUUCCAUCUGCAUUUCUUUUCUCAUUUUAGCUUCUUGUUUUUCUUGUUGAGGGAUCACAACUUACAAAGGUAAAAGAUACAUACAUCAUACAUGUGGCUUAGCGAACGUGUGUAUUUUGGUCAACAAACUAUUACGCCUAAUGGCAUAAUGCCUACAUUGUAUCCGUGAUUGUUUACAUUAGCGUGUAACGAACUGUCAUGUUUUGGUCGUUGUAUGUAAUCGACUACUUUUUUUUAAAACCA